AUGAAGAACGGCUUCAAGACCGUCCGUCUAGGGCAUGCGCUCGCGACCCAUCAGCGCAAGCGCGACGGUAAGUAUUGCUCCACCGGAGGCCUUUACAAAAGCCCGACGAAAGGACAGGUCGUUGACGCUAGUCAGCCCGUCACUAUCAGCUGGAACACUUCUUGCUUGACCGCUACCGCGGUCGACAUCUACUUGUAUGCCCCUAGCGCUUCGCGCCCCAUCAUCCACGAAUGGGAGAACGUCGACUACGCGACCGGCAGCUAUUCCGCUACGCUCCAGCCCGGGUGGUGGAAUUCUACAUCCUCCGUCAACUUGGAAAUCACUAUCAUCCCCGCUGGCGAAGACCUCUUCAUGGUCACCACUCCUGCAGGUCCCCUCUUCACUGCGACAUACUCUGGUGCUGCAGACACCGCCAUCGCCGGCGCAGUCGAGCAGGUCAACAACACCCCUUCGGAAAAGCAUGGCCUCUCUAAAGGCGCUGUCGCAGCCGCGGUGCUCAUCCCCCUUCUGCUCCUUACUGGUCUUGGCGUUGCUGCCUACAUUAAGAUCAGCCGCGCUAAGGGCAAGGAGAAACGCCAGCGUUACAGCCAGGCUAUUGACAAGCGCAUGUCGACUAUCUCCACCGACUGGAAGUCCAUGACUGGCGCUGGCGCGAACGCCGCCAUACGCAACAGCAUGGCGGUCUCGCAUGACUCCGGCAGCCGCCUCUCGUCCUUCUCUUUUGGCGCCAUCCGUCCCUCAUCUACCGUCGUGGAGGGUGGACACGCGGGCAUCGGUGCCAGCACCGUCUUCAAACGUGACGCCAACCCUGACGCGCCGCAGAUGUCUCAACUCCGCCCCGGCCUCCGCACAUCUGCCUUUGAGAACCGCGUCUCUCGCGUCUCGUUCGCUGCCGACCCCCGCCCGUCAACGGAGUCUCGUCGCCCCCGCCAGUCUCGUGCUUUCCACGUCGGCAACGCCCCGCCCCUUCCGGAGCGUAUGCCUUCUACGGACGGCUCUAGCAGCUCCUCUCCCAUCCUGUCCCCUAUUCAGACGGUUGGGGCUCUCAGUUUGACCGCCGAAGAUAUCCGCGCUCGUAUGGCUGGUCAAGAGUCUGUCUCGCGUCCCAGCAUCGAUGAGGUCAUGCCUGCCCUGUCCAUGAUGCGCACCGGAGGCGAAGGAGUUGCCAACCACGAUGACAUGCUCUUCAAGCCUCAGGUUGCUAUGCCCACCCUCCCCAGCCCCACUCAUCAGACCCCGAAGUCACCCAUCAUGGGUGUGAUGCCGAUGCAGCCCAUGCCCGCCAGCGUCAUGUCUCCCGAUGACAUGUUGCGGGCUUACGCAGCGGGGGGCCGCGCAAUGGGUGCUACCAGCCCCGGCCUCCCCUCCCCCGCUGCUCAGUACAACGGCUCUGGCAUGCGCACACUCUACUCCCCCGACACGGCUUCACCCGUCAUGCCGACUUCCCCGGAAUCUGUUUACCCGUCGACUCCUAUCAACAGGAAGAGCCUCGCUCCGACCGAAUACAGCAAGUACGAUGAGGACGACGCAUACGUCGGCACCGCCGAGUAG